AUGUCUCUUCGGCUUUCCAGCGGAUCCCGGAGGUCCGGUACCCGCCCCAGCACAGGCUCGCUCAGGCUGUCCAGCGCGGCAGGCAGCUUUGGGGCUGGAAAUGCUUGCGGCGUCCCUGGAAUCGGAAGUGGCUUCUCCUGUGCCUUCGGUGGCAGCUCCCUGGCGGGGAGUGCAGGGGGAAGCAGCUCCUGUGCCGGCUUCACCGUGAACGAGGGCGGCCUCCUCUCGGGCAAUGAGAAGGUGACCAUGCAGAACCUCAACGACCGGCUGGCCUCCUACCUGGACAACGUGCGCGCCCUGGAGGAGGCCAACGCCGAGCUGGAGCAGAAGAUCAAGGCCUGGUAUGAGCAGUACGGGCCUGGCUCGUGCCGUGGCCUGGAUCACGACUACAGCAGGUACCUCCCAAUCAUCGAGGACCUGAAAACCCAGAUCAUCGCUGCCACCACUAGCAACGCCAACACCGUGCUGCAGAUCGACAACGCCAGGCUGACGGCCGACGACUUCAGACUCAAGUAUGAAAACGAGCUGGCUCUCCACCAGAGCGUGGAGGCCGACGUGAACGGGCUGCGCCGAGUGCUGGAUGAGAUCACUCUGUGCAGAACCGACCUGGAGAUUCAGUACGAAACCCUCAGCGAGGAAAUGACCUACCUCAAGAAGAACCACAAGGAGGAGAUGCAGGUCCUGCAGUGCGCAGCCGGCGGCAACGUGAACGUGGAGAUGAACGCGGCGCCCGGCGUGGACCUCACGCUGAUGCUGAACAACAUGCGCGCCGAGUACGAAGCCCUGGCCGAGCACAACCGCAGGGACGCCGAGGCCUGGUUCAACGAGAAGAGCGCGUCCCUGCAGCAGCAGAUCUCGGAGGACGUGGGCGCCACCACUUCUGCCCGCAACGAGCUGACGGAGAUGAAGCGCACCCUGCAGACGUUGGAGAUCGAGCUGCAGUCCCUCCUGGCCACGAAACACUCCCUGGAGUGCUCCCUGACGGAGACCGAGGGCAACUACUGCACACAGCUCGCGCACAUCCAGGCCCAGAUCGGGGCCCUGGAGGAGCAGCUGCACCAGGUCAGAACCGAGACCGAGGGCCAGAAACUUGAGUACGAGCAGCUGCUGGACAUCAAGGUCCACCUGGAGAAGGAGAUCGAGACCUACUGCCUCCUCAUAGGAGGAGAUGAAGGGGCUUGCAAAACUAGCAGUUACAAGUCUAAAGAUUACGGCUCCGGAAGUGUGGGCAAUCAAGUCAAAGAUUCGACAAAAGCCAUCGUGGUGAAGAAAGUUCUUGAAGAGGUAGACCAACGUAGCAAAAUUCUGACCACCAGGCUCCACUCCCUGGAAGAGAAAUCUCAAAGCAAUUAACCUAAGACACGACAGAGACCAUGUGCCAAAUAUCCACAGAGAAAAUGUAGCUUUCUGGAAAAAUGAGCAACUCAAGAAAAACGUCCGUCUUACUGUCUUUCUGUUCCUUUCUCUUUCUGGCAAUCAAUCGCAGAUCUCCCCGUUCAUGUGGAAUAAUGUCACAUACAAUUAUUGUGAUUCACACCGGAUUGCCCUACCAAAAUCUGUCGUCCGUUCUUUAUAUUCAAUAA